UAUACUGUCUCCUCGUGUUAUAUAUAAUGUUUUUUUUCUUUUUCUAUUUUUCUUUUUCUUUCUUUUCUUUUUCUCCAUUCUCUUCCAAAAUUUGAAAACGAGAUCGAAACUCGAACUGGAAGAGUAGCACUGAGACCAGCGUUCUCCGAACCCCAACUCCCCGCUCUCAGUAAAUUCUCGCCGGAUUUAGGGUUUUCCCUCGCGCGGCGGGGCGGCGGUGGAAGCCUCCUUCGCUCGUUGACAUGGAAGGCGGAGGAAGGCGGAUCACGGUUAGUCCGAGGCCGUGCUGCGGCCGGCGCGUGGUGGCGAAGAGGAGGCCGCGUCCUGUGGAUGGCUUCGUCAACAGCGUCAAGAAACUUCAGCGGCGGGAAAUCAGCUCCAACCGCGACCGCGCCUUUUCCAUGACCGACGCUCAAGAAAGAUUUCGCAACAUUCGAUUGCAGGAAGAAUAUGAUACACAUGAUCCAAAAGGUCCUUCUUCAUCUGUUGUAUUACCAUUUCUGAGAAAGAGGUCAAAGAUAAUUGAGAUUGUAGCAGCACGUGACAUUGUUUUUGCACUUGCACAGUCUGGUGUAUGUGCAGCAUUUAGCCGAGAGACCAAUGAACGGAUAUGCUUCUUGAAUGUCAGUCCCGAUGAAGUCAUAAGGAGUUUGUUUUAUAAUAAAAACAACGACUCACUCAUCACAGUUUCUGUCUAUGCAUCAGACAGUUACAGUUCCUUAAAAUGCAGAAGCACACGAAUUGAAUAUAUAAGGAGGGUUAAACCAGAUGCUGGCUUUGCUCUUUUUGAAUCUGAAUCACUUAAGUGGCCAGGAUUUGUAGAAUUUGAUGAUGUAAAUGGGAAGGUACUCACAUACUCCGCGCAGGAUAGCAUAUACAAGGUGUUUGACCUGAAAAACUAUACUAUGUUGUACUCCAUUUCAGAUAAAAAUGUACACGAAAUUAAGAUCAGUCCAGGGAUCAUGUUGUUGAUUUAUGCUAAAUCGAGUAGCCAUGUCCCACUUAAAAUCCUCUCAAUAGAAGAUGGUACGGUUUUGAAAUCGUUCAACCAUCUCCUUCAUCGGAACAAGAAGGUGGAUUUCAUUGAACAAUUCAAUGAAAAGCUCCUUGUUAAACAGGAAAAUGAGAACCUCCAAAUUCUUGAUGUUCGGACUUUUGAGCUAACAGAAGUUAGCAGAAGUGAAUUUAUGACGCCAUCUGCAUUUAUAUUUCUCUAUGAAAACCAAUUAUUCCUGACAUUUCGUAAUCGAACUGUGGCUGUGUGGAACUUCCGUGGAGAACUUGUAACUUCUUUUGAGGACCACCUCCUGUGGCAUCCUGACUGCAAUACAAACAACAUAUAUAUAACCAGUGACCAGGAUCUCAUUAUAUCAUACUGCAAGGCUGAUUCUGAUGAUUCAUUGUCUGAAGGAAAUGGAUCCAUUAAUGUAAGCAACAUUUUAACUGGCAAGUGUCUUGCAAAGAUUAGGGCGAGUAAUAGCCUUCCGAAGGUGAAAGAAUGCAGUUGCGGUGAUGACAACUGUUCAAGUGGUGGUGGAUGUAAUUUGGGAAAACGAAAGCGUGUCUCCAGAAUUCGGAGCACAGUUGCUGAAGCCUUGGAAGACAUUACUGCUCUCUUCUACGAUGAAGAGCGCAACGAGAUCUAUACAGGCAAUAGGCACGGGCUGGUUCAUGUCUGGUCUAACUAAAUAAUGUAUUGUUGGAUUUAUUGUUGUCUUUUGUUUUCUUAUUAGCAUUUAUCCAAGGUUGCGGUGAUGAUCCUCACUUGCUAUGCGAAUUUCUCGGAGAGUUGUAACCAUUUAGUGUUCUUGUAUAAUUUUUUUAGAUUUUGGCAUCUACGUCGUAGGCAAGUAUAAUCCGUAGGUGGCAACAGCUCUGUAUCAAGUAAUAUUGUUUGUAUGUUGGUAGCUCACCACAUGUUUAUGCUGUAAUCUAUAUUACAUUUAUGGUGUGGGCUCUUUGUAGCGAAAUAUGUGAAUAGCGUUCUCUCUUCUCUGCC